AUGGCUUCUCCCAUUGCGCCGCCGCCACCGCCGCUGUCGACGGUCCUGCCGCCUCUGAUCCUCGGCACGGCCACCUUCAACACGCAGUACCACCCCGAUCCCACGCACAUGCCCUACGUCUCCAUCGUCCGCGAGGCCCUGCUCACCCACGGCAUCACUGCCUUCGACACGUCCCCCUACUACGGCCCCUCCGAGCACCUCCUCGGCAACGCCCUCGAGACCGUCGAGACCCCGCGCUCCUCCUACCUCCUCCUCACAAAGGCCGGCCGCAUCGACGCCAAGACCUUUGACUACUCGCCCGUCGCCAUCCGCGCCUCCGUCUACCGCAGCCUGCACCGCCUGCGCACCCCCUACCUCGACCUCGUCUACGCCCACGACGCCGAGUUCGUCACCCCGCGCGAGGUCCUCGCCGCCGUCACAGAGCUCCGCCGGCUGCGCGACGAGGAUGGCAUCCUCCGCUACGUCGGCAUCAGCGGCUACCCCGUCGACGUGCUCGCCUCCCUCGCCGAGAUGAUCUACCGGGAGACCGGCGAGCCCGUCGACGCCGUCCAGUCCUACAGCAACUUCUGCGUCCAGAACACCCGCCUCGGCGACCCCAAGCUCCUCCAGCGCUUCUCCGACGCCGGCGUCGACGUCAUCACCAACGCCAGCAUGCUCAGCAUGGGUCUCCUAACCACACGCGGCGUCGAUCGCGGCCCCAUGGCCUCGUGGCACCCGGCGCCUCCGGAGCUCCGCCGCGCAUGUAAUGGUCUGGCGCAGAUCGCCCAGUCGGAGGGGGAGCACCUCGAGGAGGUGGCCAUCCGGUGGUCGAUGGACCACUGGGCCAGGAUAGGCGCCGAGUUCGGCUCGACGGCCAUCUCGCACAAGGGGGAGAGCGGCGUCCGGGGCCCUGCUCGGAUGGGCAUCAGCGUCAUGGGCGUGUCCAGCGUUCCGGAGCUGGACGAGACCUAUGAGAUAUGGAGGAGCGUGAUAAACGAGGAGAGUGAUGGCCGCGAGGUCCAUCGCCGCAGGAAGAUUGCGGCUCUGGUCAAGGAUAGGAUGUGGCCCAGCCUCGGAAACUGGAAGAACUACUCGUGGCCCAGCGGGCGCAAGGAGUACUACCAGAGAGAAUCUCAUGACAGGGAGACUCAGACUGAGUCUCAUAAUAGGGAGCCUCGCCGGGCGGAGAUCCGGUACAAGGAGACUCAGACAACGCGGGUCUCAGCACGAGGCCCCGAGGAAGACGAUAGGAAGUUCAGGGACGCCCAUGAUGCGGGCACGGACGAGAGACAGGAAGCAAGGGCCCCGAGAAAGGAUGUGACAGGCACACCCAAACUCUAG